AAAAUCCCCGAUUUCUGUGCUACAUAUACAAAGUAUAUAUAAUCGCUUUACUAGCAAAUUCUGAAACAGUAUCGAUAAACACGCCGCGCAACAAUGACAGCGAAAAUCAAACCUCUCUUGCUCAUACUAUGCGUUGUGCAUAGUUAUGCUUCGAAUCCUGAGGUGCAAACUUCAUUAGGACGAAUCAAAGGUUCAUAUAUGCAAACGGCUAUGUAUAAUAAAACCAUUUUUGCAUUUAGAGGUGUUAGAUACGCCAAAUCUACGGAAGGAGAGAGUCGAUUUACGAUUGCCGAGCCAGUAGAUCCAUGGACGGGAGUUUUUGACGCUUCAGAGGAUGGUCCCUCGUGUGGUCUAUUGGAUCCUCCAAGUAUAGUGAGUGAAGACUGUUUAAGAGUGAAUAUAUACACAACUAAGCUCCCAAGUGCAAAUAAUAAAGUGAAGCGCCCUGUCAUCGUGUUCUUCCAUCCAAGUGCUUUUGUUAGUCAUUCCGCGCGUAGCGACUUGUACGGUCCUGAAUAUUUCUUAGAUCAAGAUAUUGUUUUGGUGACAGUCAACUCUAGACUUGCGAUCUUCGGUUUCAUAAGCACUGGAGAUGCACGAGCACCCGGCAAUUUGGGUCUGAAAGACCAAGUAAUUGCCUUGCGUUGGGUUCAAAAAAAUAUCGCAUCGUUCGGUGGUGAUCCAAAUUCCAUCACUUUAUCCGGCUGCAGUGCAGGAGCUGCAGGUAUAAUUCUGCACAUGCUAUCACCCAUGUCCAAAGGUCUAUUUCAUCGAGCUUUCAUAUCCAGUGGCACGCCCGAUAUGCGAAUAUAUACGUCAACGAACGAGACUCACACACUACUGACGCAAGCUCAAUUGGUCGGUUGUCCCAACGAUAAUGUUAACGAAGCUAUAAAAUGUUUAAAAAUAGUGCCGCGCCAGAAAUACGUCAAUACUUACCCGCGGUUUAUUCAAUUGUAUGGAUUUAGAAUUUGGACGCCGGUAGUUGAACCUGAAGUAACAGGAGUAGAGCGAUUCUUGCCUGAUCAACCUGCUCACCUCAUUAAACAGGGAAAUUUCGAACAUGUCCCUUUAAUUUUAGGAAUCACCAAAGACGAACUGUUGGGGAGCGUUAUUCGUGACUACGAAGCAGCGCUGAAAGGUCACGAUAGCGCUUUUCGUGACUUGAACGAAAACUGGGAUGCAGUAUUAACGAAAAACCUGAAGUACGAGAGUGGCACUGAAUUUUCCAAAAACGUGAGCCAUGCAUUAAAAAAGUUUUAUUUCAACAACGAGCCAGUGACCGUUGAAAAUGCUUUGAAUCUCGGUAAAAUGUGGUCAGACGGAGGUAUUGGUUUCUCAUUAGAUCGCACGGUCAAGCUAUUAGCGAAAUAUUCACGCGCUCCAGUUUAUAAUUUCAUGUUCACUUACCAGGGCCGUUACAGCUAUGGCGUUUGGACUGAAACAAAGAAGCCUGUUGGUGUAGUUCACAUGGAUGACGUGUUGUACUUUAUGACCUCGGCGCUGGAGUUUCCGCGCUUCGACAAAAGUGGGCCUGAAUUUGCUAUGAUGACGAAGAUGACAAGUUUAUGGGCUAAUUUUGCUAAGACUGGCGAUCCUAUUCCGAAAAACAACGAUUUAUUUAAAAAUGAUUUAUGGGCGCCUUUCGAUCUAAAAAAAGAAAAUUAUUUGGAAAUGGGCCAGAAAUUCACUACAAAGUAUAAAAUGUACGCGGAUCGUUUUGCCCUUUGGAAUCAAUUAUUCCCAUGGAAAAAUAUUGGAUUUAUCACGAAAACGCUUCGAGUGAAAAUGUCAUUCAAGCUAAAGUCUUUAUUUGUAUUAUUGACGCUAUGCGUCAUUGCAACGUGCCACCUUCCCCCAGAGCCUCAAGUACAAAUUUCCUUAGGCAAAAUUAAAGGCUCUUUUAUGGAAACAGCCCUUAAGAAGAGAAUCUUCGCGUUUCGAGGCAUAAGAUUCGCAAAAUCCACUGCAGGAGCAAGACGAUUUAAGCUUGCCGAGCCAGUUGAUCCAUGGACUGGAGUCUACGAUGCCACGAAAGACGGGCCUUCGUGUUCUCUGUACGAUGAUGCUGCAAUCGCAAGUGAAGAUUGUUUGAUGCUUAAUGUUUAUACUACCGAGUUACCAAAAGCCAAUCGCAAAGUUAAACGACCGGUUAUCGUAUUCUUCCACCCAAGUGCAUUUCAAAGUUUAUCCGGGCGUAGUGACAUUUAUGGUCCGCAGUACCUUUUGGACCAAGAUGUCGUUCUCGUCACAGUCAACUAUAGACUCGCUACUUUCGGGUUUAUCAGCACUGGAGACAAUCGUGUCCCAGCUAAUUUAGGUCUUAAGGAUCAAGUGACCGCUUUGAUUUGGGUACAAAAUCAUAUUUCGGCUUUCGGCGGUGACCCCAACUCUGUGACUCUCAGCGGUUGCAGCGCUGGAGCCGUCGGAAUCGUUCUGCACAUGCUGUCACCUAUGUCCAAGGGUCUCUUUCACCGGGCCUUCAUCUCAAGUGGUGCGCCAGAAACUCGCUUCAAAUCGUCCACAAACGAGACUCAUAUUCUUUUGGCUCAGGCUAAGCUUGUCGAUUGCCCUGACAACGAUGUCGACAGGGCUCUCGCGUGUUUGAAGACUGCUCCGAGAAAAAAAUUCGCCGACACUAUGUUCCAAUUCUAUGAAUCUCACGGAGUUGACAUUUGGAUGCCAGUGGUUGAGCCGAAUAUUCCAGGAGUUGAAAGAUUUGUUGUCGGUCAACCUAAUGAUCUGAUUAGACAGGGUAAAAUUCAUCCUGUACCUUUAGCCAUAGGUAUCACGAAAGAUGAAUUGUUAGGAAGUGUUGGUCCAUUGUAUGAAGCAGCAGUUACAGGCGACGAUCACGAAUUCCGUAACUGGACAGAAAAUUUCAGUUAUCUGGCUCCAAGAGCUCUGCUGUACGAGCGCGACACUGAGCGUUCAAAAUACAUCAGCCGUGAGCUUUAUAGGUUCUAUUUUAAUAACCAACCUAUUACCAUCCAAAAUUAUAAAAAACUUGGCGAGCUGUGGUCGGACAGUAAUAUUGGUUUCAUUGUUAACCGUGCUGUAAGACUACUUGCUCUACACUCCAAGGCACCAGUCUACAACUACAUGUUCACUUAUCAAGGUCGCUAUAGUAAUGCCGUCUGGACCGAUACGAAAAAACCGAUUGGCGUGACACAUAUGGACGACUUGUUGUACUAUUUGACUUCGUUAUAUCAGUUCCCGCAAUUUAACACUACAGACCCGGAGUGGCCAAUGGUGACAAAAAUGACUAGUUUAUUGGCGAACUUUGCUAAGACCGGUGAAUCCAUUCCUAAGAAUAAUAAUCUAUUCAAAGAUGUUACAUGGGAUCCCUUUAACCCAAAUUCUCAAAAUUACCUAGAAAUAAGCGAGAAAUUCGUAACCAAAUAUAAAAUGUACGCAGACCGUUACGCUAUCUGGAAGAGACUAUUUCCCCUUGAGCCUAUUGGACAUUAAAUUAAAUUUAUAACUUGAUCAAAAAUAUACUUGUGAAAGCAAUAUUCGAAUUCAUCAUUAUGGUAUUUUAAAUAAAAUAUUGUAAUAUAAACAUCAACUACACACAAUGGAAAUAUUUAAUUCAUGAUUCAAAA